GUGAUUCCACUAUAAAUUCAGAGGUUGUGACAGUGACGUUGGAUAACUGGAAGAAUACCACGAACUUUGUUGUUGAUAUAACAAUGGACUACGCACAGAACCUCCACGCAACCCCAUUUUGCAGUUUUUGGAAUACUACUUUUUUUGCCUGGGACACCACCGGAUGUCUUGUCAUGUCCUCGAAUCAUUCAAGCGCAACAUGUCGUUGCACGCACCUGACGAAUUUUGCAAUUCUUAUGAGUCCAUUCAUUCAGGUAUGUAAGCAAACGACGUGUUGCUGUCUUGUUGAACCUGUCCGUGGCCCUCAUAAUUUCUUACGUUAUGUUUAUUGGUGGCAUCGACAGAACGGAAAGCAAGGCAAGGCUGAAAGCUUCUCAUUAGCUAUCGUGAUCAUUUGUACUACGUUGGCGUCUUUUCUGCAUUAUAUUUACCUGGUCGUAUUCUCACUUAUGUUGGUGGAAGGUAUUGACGUCGCCGUGUCCAUACUAAUUGUCUUUCAAACAAAAUCAAAACUUAAAUGGAUGCUGUCAGCUGCCUGGGUUGUUCCUGCUGUGAUCGUUGGGAUAACGCUCGCUGUCACCAAGACAGAAGGAUAUGGGAAUGAAAAAUCAUGCUGGUUGACAAUUAAGAGAGGUGUUUUUUGGGCCUUUGUUGGACCUGCGCUGCUUGUCGUUUUGGUCAACUUUAUCAUCCUAGUGAUUGUGAUACGGGCAACACUUAGAUCGUAUACCAUGGCAAAGAAGUCAACAGUUGAAAGAUCAAAAUCAGCAGUAUGGUGUCUAUCUGCUUUACUACCGUUAACGGGACUUACUUGGGUUCUGGGGGUUCUCUAUCUGGACGAAAGCAUGGUCUGGGUACAAUACGUCUUUGCUGUCUGCAACAGUCUACAGGGUUUGGUGAUUUUCAUGUUCCAUUGUGCAUUAAACAAAACGCUUUGGAAGGCAUAUAAAACGAAAAAACAAAGGUCGUCGUACGCCAGUAGUACUUACCUCAAAUCUAGAAGCACUUCAGUAAGAUCUGUAAUAACGGAAAACAGUGAGGUAAGCAUGAAUGUUAACGACACAUUCGAAAUACCGUCAGUUUGCGAAUCGGCCUAUACAAGUUACGAGAAUUUACCGAUCAAACAAACAAUGCAAACAGCUGCGCAGGCUGACAAAGAAGAGCGAGUCGAUGGUAUAUGUAUGCACUUGGAGUUCAUCGCUAAUGAAGAAAAGCUAAGGAGCAACGAUGCUGAGGAAACGGCGAACACAGAUAUCCAUGACGUCGGGCUGGACAUUCUGACAGACAAAUACCUCUAUAGUACGGUGUUAUCGGUGUUGACGUGUUACUUAAGUAAAAAACGAUGAGGGGCUUUUUCACAAUGCUGUUGAUGAAAUCACUACUGACAAUAAUAAUAUUCAAGUCGAAGAAUGGUGUGUGUUUAUAUAUAUUUAAUGUAUAAAUAUUAAAAGCUUUUUUGAGUGAUAACGGCUGAA